AUGGCGGACAAUGUUCUCGACGUUAUCACUUGUAAAGCGGCGGUUGUACGGGAGCUGGGUGGGCCGGUGACGRUGGAGGAGAUAAAAGUGGAUCCACCGAAAGCAUCAGAAGUCAGGAUCAAGAUGUUGUGUGCGAGCAUUUGUCAUACCGACAUUCUAUGUUGUAAUGGCUUUCCCAUUCCUUUAUUUCCGCGUAUUCCUGGACAUGAAGGAGUCGGAAUGAUAGAGAGCGUAGGGAUAAACGUGAAAACCGAAGUGAAGCCGGGGGACAUAGUGAUGCCACUUUACCUCGGUGAAUGUGGACAAUGCUUGAAUUGUAAAUCAGGAAAGACCAACAUUUGUCAUGUGCACCCACUUGGCUUCGAUGGUCUCAUGCCCGACGGCACUUCCAGGAUGUCGGUGGCUACAACCGGAGAAACCAUAUACCACCACUUUAGUUGCUCGACAUGGUCGGAGUACAUGGUCAUUGACAUCAACUACGUGCUCAAGAUCGACCCAAAGAUGCCUCUCCCUUACGCCAGUUUCUUGUCGUGUGGGUUCACCACCGGCUUUGGCGCACCCUGGAAGGAGACCCCGAUUCACAAGGRUWCCUCUGUUGYUGUUUUUGGCCUUGGGGCGGUUGGUCUCGGGGCUAUAAAAGGAGCACAAAUGCAAGGGGCAUCGAAAAUAAUAGGAGUGGACAUAAAUGAAACUAAGUCGACUAAGGGAAAGGUGUUUGGGAUGACCGAUUUCAUCAACCCUAACGACCAUCCAAAUCAAUCGGUCUCCGAUUUAGUGAAAGAUAUAACCGACGGGCUAGGUGUCGACUAUAGUUUCGAGUGCACCGGAGUCCGAUUGCUAUUGAACGAAGCCAUCGAGGCUUCCAAAAUUGGAUUAGGGACAACGGUAUCGAUCGGCGUUGGAUUAGACCCAAAUUUGGCAAUUAAAAACACAACAUUACUUUGUGGUCGGACAGUAAAAGGGUCAUUUUUGGGUGGCGUAAAAACCCGAUCGGAUCUUCCCAUCUUGAUUGAUAAAUGCAUCAAUAAGGAUAUAGACCUGGACGAGCUUUUGACACACGAAAUACAAUUCGAAAAUAUGCACGAAGCAUUUGAUAUAUUGAAGAAACCCGAUUGCCUCAAAGUUCUCGUCAACUUCUGAUUAAAAUGAAUCACGCAGGUGCUGUUUAC